AGAAAUUUACUCAAAGUGCUUACAAAUCUAGCUACGGAAUGCGUUUUCGCCAUCACUGUUGGAAUCUUCAAAGGUGCUGCCACCCCUUAAAAACCAACAAAAACAAAUGGAUCUAGUAUGAAAACAGUGAUUAAUGCGAUUUUAAAUAGAUCUGUAAAUAAUUAAUUAGAUUUUAAGUGUUAGGAUCUCGAGAGUUGGUUUUUUCUGUUAAAAAGUAGGGAUUUAAGGGUCAGUGAGUGAUGAACAACCAGGACUAUGGCGGCAUCCAGUGGAUACAGCACCAUCCCGCUGCAGGGGACUCUUCUGAAACGGACAUUAUGGAGCACGAAGACGCCGACGGCGAUGAUAUGGUGAGCGGAGCGGACGGUGACCCAGACGGGGAUGGGGAUGCGGAUGCUGACCUAGACCAUAUGGCUGCCGAGAACCUUAUCUUUAUGGCGCGCGACGGCCAGCUGGGCGAGAUUAUUGCCGCCAACGAGGGAACUGUCCUCGUCACCGCCGAUGGCACUACCGUGGCUUAUGCGGAAUCCUUUGAUGAUGACGCCCAGGUGGUUACCGAGGAGGUCAUCACCGACGACUGGGUGCAGCACCAAGGAGCCGAGCGAGUGGAAAUUGCCGCUGAGCAAAUAGCUGGCAUCGGAAGCUCGCAGGAACUGUUGGACAUGGAACAGGAUGAGUACACGGCCCUGCGACCCUAUCCCUGCGACUUUUGCAGUCGCCGGUUUCGGAAGAAGGCUAGCUUGAACAACCAUAUGCUGGCCCAUCAAAACGAUCGACCUCAUCUCUGCAAGCUGUGCGGAGCACGCUUCUCACGCCGGGCGGAGCUUAUUAGCCACUUUAAGGCCCACGCCGAAGCCCAAGAUGCUGCGGAUGCCGAGGCAGCUGCGGCUGCCGCCGUUUCCUCUUCCAUAAAAUUUGAGAAUCAGGGCCAGAGGCAGAUUGAUGAUCACUACUACGAGCAGGAGUGGCCGCUGUAUCAGCAGCAGCAGCAGGAUCAGGAACAGGAGCAAGUGCAACAUGAGCAGAUGUUGCAACAGGAACAACAGCAACUAGUCUGCAACAAUGAGGUCCAGUUCGUGGCCAGCUAUACAGCAUCGGUGGCUCCCCCUCCUGCUCCUUCGCGCGGAAGAAUUAGCAGGCUGAAGCCCAAGGAGGAGAGCAGCCAGUUUGUCGUAAUUACCGAUAAGCCGGCGUCCAGUGAGCUGCAUGACUACAUGACCAGCGAGCCUGUGCCUCAGCCAGUGGUACCCACAUCGCAGCCCAUGGCCAUUGAUCCUCCGCCAGCGCCGCAGCCAAACUUCCCAGUGCUGGACGAAAGCAAGCCCUUCGUGUGUCAGCAAUGCGGACUGGCUUUUGCUCGGGAAAAGGCGCUAGUCUCGCACACUAAGAACCAUCGUGUAGACUCUCCCUUUGAGUGCAACCAGUGUCAGGAGAUGUUCUGGGACAACAGCAGUCUGCAGGACCACCAAAAGACGCAUCAGUUUGAGGAAAGCAACUCGGAGUAUGAUCCUGCCUCCGGCGAUGAUAGCGCCAGUGAAACGUCGGAGCCAGAGGACCAGCUCUACGGAGAGUUUUACUGCAACGAGUGCGGCAUCUCCUUUCAUCGCCAGGAUCUACUGCGGCGACAUGCCAAGCAGCAUUUCAAGCAGCAGGAGCAGAAUUCAACGGUAGCUGCAGGCGACGGUAGCUCCUCGGACGUCAUAGCUAGCUGCGAGCAGACUAAAGAUGGUAACGGUGGGCACUGUUGUCAAACGUGCGGUAAAUCAUUUCCCAGUGCCUUGGAGAUGCUUUCCCACGCCGAAAUUCAUGCGAGGUUUCCGCCUUUCAAGUGCGUACUUUGCGGCAUAAGUUUCUACGAGGAGCAGGCCAUCAAGCGGCACUUGCACACCCGUCAUCCAAACGAACUAAAGGCCAAUUCCUGUGUAUUGUGCGGUAAGGAGUGUCGUGACCGCAAGGCUCUGAUCAAGCAUGCCUGGGAUCACUCCCGCGAAAAGUGCCACUCUUGCUCCAAAUGCGGCAAGAAUUUUCACAACAAGGCGCGUUUGAAGCGGCACAUGGCCUCCCACCGCGACAAGUCCGUUGUGUGCGAGGUCUGCCAGGAGGAGUUUCCCGACGGACGUACGCUGUCCAAUCACCGUCACUCGCAUAGCACCACGUCACCGGGCAAACUGUUUCCCUGCCACGAAUGCGGAAAGACAUUCGGAUCACGCAGUUCCCAACAGAUCCACGUUCGCAUUCAUACGGGUGAGCGUCCCUACGGUUGUAGGUAUUGUUGGAAGGCCUUUGCCGAUGGCGGGACGUUGCGCAAACACGAACGGAUACAUACGGGCGAGAAGCCCUACGCCUGCUCCGUAUGUCCGCGUGCUUUUAAUCAGAGGGUGGUUCUGAGGGAGCACAUCCGCUCUCACCACUCGGGACUGGACGUGGCAAGAAAUACCUACCAUUGCACUGUCUGCUCCGAGGAUCUGGCCUCAUCCAAUGACCUCAUACAGCACCUCAUCCAGCACAGUGAUUCGAACACCGCCAAGCAACGUCAGCCGGUGACGGGACCGCGAAAGUACAAGCGUCGACGGAAGCUGCAGCCUCACGAAAUUGCGCACAUGCGAGCGGAACACAAAGAUGCUAACGGCGGCGGCGACGAGGAGGAGGUUCUGGGAGGCGGAGGCGAUGGCGAUGGAGAGGAGUAUGCCAGUGACAUUGACCUUUGUGACUUUGAUGUGGAAAAUGUGGACGAUCUGUUUGAAAUGGCCGAGUCAUCACCCAAAAAGGAGAAGCGCAAGAGGAAAUCAGCAGCGGCAUCCGCGAAGACAGAAUCUAAACCUGUUUCCAAUGGCGGCGCAUCGUCGGCGAAGCUUGUUCAGGAGAAGAACACGGCUAAGCUGCGAUAUGACUCCACCAGCAGUCAGCAAUCGGAUCGCAUUUGGGAGGAAAAAUUCCUGCAGGACAGCCAGGUGGGUCUCUUCCAAAUCGAUUCUCUGGUGGUGGUCAACGAUACUCACCUUCCACCCGCGAGCUCUUCGGUCAUGCCCAAGACGAGAGGUAGCUCCAAGCAGCAGCAGCAGCAGCAGCAUCAGGCCAAGCAACCCGUUGAAAGAGCUGGCAACUCGAAUCCCUCAGCUGCAAGCUCAGUAGCUACAUCAUCCGCCUCCGCCUCCACAUCCACUUCCAGCAGUCGCAGCAGGAAGAAGACGGCUGCGGUAAAAACAGCUGCUGCCUCGCGACCCCGUAUGAUACACACGGAGAAGGCCAAGGUGCCGUCCAGGGGAAAUACCGGCGGAGACUUGUGCAAGAAGACACGCUCCAAGACCUACAUAACCCGCACGGAGACAAGCAAUCUGAGCAGUCUGGACAAGUCACGCAGCAGAGCCUCCAACAUUGUGGAUGACUACGAAAUCAUUUCACCGGCUACCCAUCCUCCUAACCAGAUCAGUUCCAGUCCCCUGCACAUCAAACAGGAGCAGGAGCAGCAUAACCGUGUCCAGAUGAUGUACGACGACAAUCUCCUGAUAGACGCUGCCCUGCUGCGGGAGAAGACCUACGAGAAGUUCAAUCCGAGCAUUGUGAACGAUCUGGAGGAGAUCCUACGGUCGCCGCUCAAGCACGAACGCAAUACCCGCCUGCGAUUCACCAGUGAAUCCUCGACCACGCCACAGUUUCUGCCUGAAGAAGAGCAGAAUCUGAUUAAGAUCGAGCCCACGUCUCCGGAUUUGCAUGAGAUGCUGGAGAGUCAGAGUCAAAGGGUGAGAGUACCAAGUGGCAAUACACCGUCUCCCUCGUCUUCCUCCGCCGCCAGAACUUCUCGUCAUCGUAUCGUAAAUGCCAAUGGACCAAGGACAGCGAACAAAAGAUCCGCAGGAGGAGGGGGUGCUAGCAGCGCUAGCAAAUCCUCUCCUGCCACAGGAGUGGCGGCCAAGAAAGUGAUCACUGCUGAUAGUAAGGUCGGCAGUUCGUCCUCGUACCUCAAUUACGGGGUGGAUGCCUAUAAUGUGAACGUACCUGCCAGUUCCAGCACUGCCGAUGUGGGCAGCGGAUUCUUCUCCAUCUCGGAGGUUGUAUCGGCCGCGGAUGCUGCCGAUGCAGCUGAUGCGGCAGCUAAGGCAGCGGCAGCUGGGAAACCGGAUCGAAAAACGCGCAGUUUCGAGUGCGAAAUGUGCUCGGCCAUCUUUUAUGAUCGAGCCCAAUUACUGGACCAUGUGCACAUUCACAUUUAGAUGGAUGACAGACGCUACCUAAACCACUCGCCCCCGAAGGAACCGAUGGCGUUUUCGGGUUUCAUACAAAUUUCCCCAAGGGAAGCAGAGCAGCCUUGUAUUUUUGAAACCUCUUAUCCUAAAAAGAAAAAUAACAUACAAAUAACAAUUUCGUUAGGAAAUUGCCUAGAUGUUACCUCAGCCUCAUGGUAUCGUCGUGCAUCGAACAGCAGAUAGAUCGUUGAUUUAUGCGUUAUUUAAAACUGAACAUACAUAAAAACAAAACUAUUGUAAAAAGAGAGCUUAGUUUGUAAGACUUUUAAGUUUGUACCUCAGAGCUUUUGUUUUGAAGAAUCGAUUGGUAUGCUGGAAAUAAAUACAUCAUUAAAUGGU